CCUUUUAGUUUCCCUAGCUGGGUGGGGGCUGCCAUUGAACCGGCGUCACUGCAGCUCCAAGGUCGCCCUGUGAUGAUGUGAGGGCGCCUACCAGUUCCUGCCACGCCCGGGGGUUAGCUGCAGCAGUGGUAGCUUCAGCUGCUGCUCUCAGGCUGCCGCAGCAUUAGGGGCUUCUUUCUGAGCGAGUGCGGGCGUUGGAGCGAGGACGCCGGGCCAUUCCCGCCAUGACUGUCCAGGGGUGGUAACCACAUGAGAGCACUUACUGCUGCAGAUGUCACCUGACUCUUCACAGAGAAUCUGUCCUAAAGAAAAUAUCUAUAUGACCACUUCCAUUUCUUUACUAAAUGGCUUAAUGGAUUUCCUUUACUCCGAUUCAUACGAAAGCUGCCCCUUUCAACCAAAGCAAGAAAGGAUUCUGCAUGAGUCAGUCCCAGAAUGCCAUUUUCAAGUCACAAACAGGUGAAGAAAACCUCAUGAGUAGCAACCAUAGAGACUCGGAGAGCAUCACUGAUGUCUGCUCCAAUGAGGAUCUCCCUGAGGUCGAGCUGGUCAACUUGCUGGAAGAGCAGCUGCCACAGUAUAAGCUAAGAGUGGACUCUCUCUUUCUCUACGAAAACCAAGACUGGUCCCAGUCAUCACACCAGCAGCAGGAUGCAUCUGAGACCCUCUCUCCAGUCCUGGCUGAGGAGACCUUCCGCUACAUGAUUCUAGGCACAGACAGAGUAGAGCAGAUGACCAAAACCUACAAUGACAUUGACAUGGUCACGCAUCUCCUGGCAGAGAGGGACCGAGAUCUAGAGCUGGCUGCUCGGAUUGGGCAAGCCCUGCUAAAGCGGAACCAUGUCUUAUCUGAGCAGAAUGAAUCUCUGGAGGAGCAGCUGGGACAAGCCUUUGAUCAAGUCAAUCAGCUGCAGCACGAGCUGUCCAAGAAAGAGGAGCUGCUCCGAAUUGUCUCCAUCGCCUCGGAGGAGAGUGAGACGGAUUCCAGCUGUUCCACACCCCUCCGGCUCAAUGAGUCCUUCAGCUUAUCUCAAGGCCUGCUGCAGCUGGACAUGAUGCACGAGAAGCUCAAGGAGCUGGAAGAAGAGAACAUGGCCCUUCGGUCCAAGGUGCACCUCGCUUUCCUUUCCUUCAGCGCUGUUUGGUCAGGUCUGGGUAACACUGAGGCUUGUCACAUCAAGACAGAAACAUUUACCUAUGAAGAGAAGGAACAAAAGCUCAUCAAUGACUGUGUUAAUGAACUUCGUGAGACCAAUGCACAGAUGUCCAGAAUGACUGAAGAGCUGUCGGGAAAGAGCGAUGAGCUGCUUCGGUACCAAGAAGAGAUCUCUUCCCUGCUGUCUCAGAUCGUAGACCUUCAGCACAAACUGAAAGAACAUGUGAUCGAGAAGGAAGAACUGAGACUUCACCUGCAGGCGUCCAAAGAUGCCCAGCGACAGCUGACGAUGGAGCUUCACGAGUUACAGGACAGAAACAUGGAGUGCCUGGGAAUGUUACAUGAGUCUCAAGAAGAAAUAAAAGAGCUUCGGAACAAAGCCGGCCCUUCCGCUCAUCUCUGCUUCUCCCAGGCUUAUGGGGUUUUUGCAGGGGAGUCACUGGCAGCUGAGAUUGAAGGGACCAUGCGUAAAAAGCUGAGUUUGGAUGAGGAAUCUGUCUUUAAACAAAAGGCCCAGCAGAAACGGGUGUUUGAUACUGUCAAGGUUGCCAACGACACACGGGGCCGCUCUGUCACAUUCCCAGUGCUGCUGCCCAUCCCAGGCUCCAACCGUUCAAGUGUUAUCAUGACAGCAAAGCCCUUUGAGUCCGGUGCUCAGCAGACAGAGGACAGGACACUCCUGAACCCAGGGAGCAGCAUAGAGGUUCCAGGGAACGCUCAUCCCAGGGACCCCCCAGGACUCCCUGAAGAUAGUGACCUGGCUACAGCAUUGCAUCGCCUUAGCCUGAGAAGACAGAACUACCUAAGUGAGAAGCAGUUCUUCGCUGAAGAAUGUGAACGGAAGCUCCAGAUUCUGGCUGAGCAGGAGGAAGAAGUUAGCAGCUGUGAGGCCCUCACGGAGAACCUUGCCUCAUUCUGCACUGACCAGUCAGAGACCACGGAGCUCGGCAGUGCCGGCUGCCUUCGAGGCUUCAUGCCAGAAAAGUUACAGAUUGUCAAGCCCCUGGAAGGAUCACAGACGCUACAUCAUUGGCAGCAGCUCGCUCAACCAAACUUGGGAACCAUCCUUGAUCCACGCCCAGGCGUCAUCACUAAAGGCUUCACACAGAUGCCCAAGGAUGCCGUCUAUCACAUCUCGGAUUUGGAGGAGGAUGAAGAAGUGGGGAUCACUUUUCAGGUUCAGCAGCCUCUUCAACUGGAGCAGAAGCCUGCACCACCUCCGCCAGUAACGGGUAUCUUCCUGCCGCCCAUGACCUCAGCAGGGGGACCAGUUUCAGUUGCAACUUCGAACCCAGGAAAGUGUCUCUCAUUCACGAACUCAACAUUCACCUUCACCACCUGCAGGAUCUUACACCCCUCUGACAUCACUCAGGUCACCCCUAGCUCUGGUUUCCCAUCACUGUCCUGUGGAAGCAGUGCGGGCAGCGCAUCCAACAUGGCUGUGAACUCUCCUGCUGCGUCCUACAGACUGAGCAUUGGUGAAUCCAUCACAAACCGGCGCGACUCCACCAUAACGUUCAGUAGCACGAGGAGCUUAGCCAAACUCCUGCAGGAGCGAGGCAUCUCCGCCAAAGUGUACCACAGCCCAGCUUCAAAAAACCCCCUUCUACAGCUUCGCCCCAAGGCCCUGGCCACCCCUUCCACACCACCAAAUUCCCCGUCACAGUCACCAUGUUCCUCCCCCGUGCCCUUUGAACCCCGUGUCCAUGUCUCUGAGAAUUUCUUGGCUUCCAGACCAGCUGAAACAUUCCUGCAAGAAAUGUAUGGCUUGAGACCUUCAAGGGCCCCUCCUGAUGUUGGCCAGCUGAAGAUGAACUUGGUGGACAGGCUGAAGAGGCUGGGAAUAGCCAGGGUGGUCAAGACCCCUGUUCCCCGGGAGAACGGGAAAAGCCGAGAGGCAGAAAUGGGUCUUCAAAAACCAGACUCUGCUGUCUAUUUAAAUUCUGGUGGCAGUUUAUUGGGUGGACUGAGGAGGAAUCAGAGUCUCCCAGUCAUGAUGGGUAGCUUUGGAGCCCCAGUUUGCACAACCUCGCCCAAAAUGGGUAUCCUGAAGGAAGACUGAGGGUCCACAUUAACUGACCUCGUAAAUAAAUUAGCACAUGAAGGAUAGAUGCACUGAGGAUUGGGAUCGGCCUAACUUGAGAGAAAAGGAAUGUUGUAGAAGGAUUGUGAAUGUGGAGAGGGCGUAGUGAGGGAUAGAGCGUUUGGAAGAGGUCUUUGAGGAUGGAGUCUAGUAACGUGGGGACUAGUGAGUAAUUUGGAGACAGAAAUGGAAGAAAGGGCUAGUUGUUCCUUUAGCUACAUUUUUCUUGCCUUGAAAACAAGUGAAUAGAAAAAUAAACCAAAUUCUAUCGAAACGUGACAGUAAUACCGAAGUGCUGGCACCUUGUCUCUAGAGAACACAAGCUGGAAGCGCCUGCCUACGAAGGAAACUGGGGCAGCCCAGGCUGUUGCUGGGAGGAGGCUGUUCCGGAGAGUUGGUGCAUGCGCAGAGUGGUGUGAGACGAGCCUGUGGGAGAUGCCUUCUCUGCUGGUCCCUGAUCAAAUGCAUCCAUCCAAUGGUGCACUCUCAGCGUUAGCAAAAUAAGGAAUUUUAUCUUGUCCUUUACAUCAGAAAUGGAGACUUUCUUAUCCGGGGACUUUGGGACACGGAGAACCCAAACACCACCCAGAUAGAUCCCUUUGUAUUUGUGAUUAUUAGAACUUCAGUUUUUUUUUAAGCUUGUAUUUUUGUACAACACAACAAAAAAAAAUAACAAUGUGAUUGGGCUUGGAGGGAUUUAAGAGGAAAAUAAGGGUAAAUUGAAAUUAAAAACUUUUUUAGACUAUUUCUUCUGGACAACAUGGUGGCCCAGGAAUGCAAACAUUAUUGCCUGUUUCUCCGUUUUCCUUGGAGGCCAGAGGGUUUAAACCAGAAGUGCAAUCAGGCAGUAGGCAGUAAAUUAUGUUGUAUAUUUAUAUAUUUAAAUUUUUAAAGAAAAGUUAGUUGUAACUAACUUUAUCCAAAGUGUGCUAUGCAUAUUUUUAAUGAAAGAUGACAUGUAUUUGCACAAAAAUUCUCAGGCACAUAAAAUUAUAAACUGGAGUAAAACCCAGGUGCUUGCUUUGAGAGUGUGUUUUGUUGGAUUUUGUUGUUUUCCUUGUAUCCACUAAAGCAUCUGCCUCUCUCUUGGUAUUUGCAAUAGAGACGGGUCUAGUUCAUGGGAGAGCUAAGCUUUCCCCUCUGUUUCUUCUUUAAGAAGCUGAAGAGCAAGUGAGGCCUGAAGCUGGCUUUCGGCAUUCAGCCCGAGCUGCAGGCCUCAGGCUGGCGAUGAGCAGAGCUGUGCUCUGAGGUGGCCACAGUCUGCCUCUGCUUUGUCUCCGCGGGGAGAUGAGGUGGGACUGCUCAUUUUGUUUGUCAAGGCAGAGAGUCUUUUACUUGGUCCUCUUGGUGCUUAACUUGGAAAUAAUUUGCUUACAAGAUAUUGUUUUCUGCCAGGGAGUUUUGUCUUCCUCUCUUGGCCUCCUCCCCAAGGAGAGAUGCACUCAAAGGGUUAGAAAAGCCAACAUCCACACAAUGUUAGGAACACAGUGGAUUUUCUAUAUUUCUAGCAUCUUUAAUAAACUUUUCUAAAUUUCUCAGAAACAAAGGGUGGAGAGAUGCCCGUCCCUUCGCCCCCUUGCCCAGUCUAGCUCCUGUCAACAGUUCAUCACACGCCUGUAUGAAGGACUCCGGGUUAGCCAGUGACCCUGUCUGAAGCAGGCAUUAACAAGAAUUCUGCUGUUUCAAUUUCCUAGAUAUUCCAACUCAUGUUUUAAAAACAGCGUUUGCAUUCCUAGUCUAUAACUGAGGACCUCCCUCGGCAGAACCUGAAAGCUGUGCCUUGGAUCCUGAAGAAAGGCUCUCCCUGUUGCCUGGACAUUCACAGCUUCUAAGGAAGGGACAGCACAGAGUAGGGAAGUGUGGGGCGGAGGGAGCAGUAGUGUUCACCAGGUUUACACAUGGUACCACUAUAGUGAACUAGAUUUUCAUGGAGUUCUGUGUUGACGAUAAUUCUGUGCUUUUGUCAGUGCCUGAGUGGCCACUGGAAGCAGAGUUGUGUCUUGGCAGCCAGAUGACACAGCUGAUUAAAGAAAGCCAGACUUGGGUUUUUGAAAAUUAAACUGAUCUUGAUGUUCUGUCAACAAAUUGUACCCAUGCAUGCUUGUCUCUAACAGUGAAUCCUGUCUUAAAACUGGGUUUUGCCGAUUUUCAGUUUUCACUAAAGUUAUUUUGGUACAGCCUGAGAACCUGUUAUGUGAGACUAUCUGCAAAAUAUGACAAGAACUAGAACCUUCCAGUGAGUUCUUUCUCCACAGGAUACUGUUCACAGUUUUUGUUUUUCAUUCAUGUCAGCUGGUGUGUGCGUUCAUGCUUGCCUGGGGAAACCCAACUGUUCUCUCCUUCAGGAGUCUCAGUGGUGAUCUCUCAGGCACUCCCACGUACCCUGCUACCCAUUCAGAGAGUCUCCUUGAGCUCAGAAUUAAAACUGCCCUGAAUUUUUGAAGACCCCAAACCUUAUGUAAAUAGCCACUGUUAAUUAAGUGGGUUUUGUUUUUUAGGCUUUUGCUUGCCCUUGGUCUGACAUAAUGAUCAGACCCUGUCAGGGUAGGAUGUCAGAGGAGGUUCACCUGAGCCUAUUGUCUGUUGAAGGCACAUUUUACACAGUAUUCCAGGUUCCUAGUGCAUCAUUAGUAGUGGGUGGUUCUCACGUGAGCUUGACCUCUGUAGCCAGGGCUGUCUGUGUGGGGCCUUCUCUGCCAUCAGGUGUGUGCUCAGUGCACUGCAGGCAUGCACACCAGUCCACUGCCACGUGUGGCCCCAGCAUGGGGUCCUGGGGGCUCCAGGAAAACACUAUCCUGUCAUAUCCGGAACUCGACUUCGUCAAUAGCUCUUUAUGCGCUUCCUUUGCUUCAUCAAUUGUAAAUCAGAUAAUAAAUUGUAAAUCAGACAAUAAACACAAGAGGCUUCUUAAAUUGU